AUGCCCAGCUGCACCGCGUCCACCAUGCCGGGGAUGAUCUGCAAGAACCCAGACCUCGAGUUUGACUCGCUGCAGCCCUGCUUCUAUCCGGACGAAGAUGACUUCUACUUCGGCGGUCCCGAUUCGACCCCACCGGGGGAAGACAUCUGGAAGAAGUUUGAGCUGCUGCCCACGCCCCCGUUGUCGCCCAGCCGCGCCUUCCCAGAGCACAGCCCGGAGCCCUCGAAUUGGGCUACGGAGAUGCUGCUCCCGGAGGCCGAUCUGUGGGGCAACCCGGCAGAGGAGGAUGCUUUCGGUCUGGGGGGACUGAGUAGUCUCACCCCUAACCCGGUCAUCCUUCAGGACUGUAUGUGGAGCGGCUUCUCCGCCCGUGAGAAGCUGGAGCGUGCGGUGAACGAGAAGCUGCAGCACGGCCACGGGCCCCCGGGCGCCGGCACAGCCUGCCCGGCUCCGGGAGUGAGUGCCAGCAGCCCCGGGGGCCGUGCUCUUAGCGGGACGGCGAGUGCUGGCCGCACCGGGGCCACCCUGCCCACCGAUCUCUCCCACCCGGCUGCCGAGUGCGUGGACCCCGCCGUGGUCUUCCCCUUCCCAGUGAACAAGCGUGAGCCGGCACCAGUGUCCGCUGUCCCCAUCAGUGCCCCUGCCACCAGCGCUGUGGUCACUACUGUGUCUGCUCCGGCUGCUGCCCCGGUGGCCGCUCCUGCUCGUGCAGGCGGCCGUCUUGCCAACAGUGGCGAGCACAAGGCCCUCAGUACCUCUGGAGAGGACACCUUGAGCGACUCAGAUGAUGAAGAUGACGAGGAGGAAGAUGAAGAGGAGGAAAUAGAUGUGGUCACCGUGGAGAAGAGACGCUCCUCCUCUAAUAACAAGGCUGUCACCACCUUCACCAUUACUGUGCGUCCCAAGACCUCAGCUCUGGGUGUGGGGCGAGCACAGGCUGGCGAGCUGAUCCUCAAGCGCUGUGUUCCAAUCCAUCAGCAGCACAAUUAUGCAGCGCCUUCACCCUAUGUCGAGAGCGAGGACGCACCACCGCAGAAGAAACUCAAGAGCGAGGCUUCUCCACGCCCCCUCAAGAAUGUUGUCCCAGCAAAAGCUAAGAACUUGAGCCCCCGAAACUCGGACUCGGAGGACAGUGAGCGACGCCGCAACCACAACAUCCUGGAGCGCCAGCGCCGCAACGACCUGCGCUCCAGCUUCCUGACGCUCAGGGACCACGUGCCUGAGCUGGUGAAGAACGAGAAGGCUGCCAAGGUGGUCAUCUUGAAAAAAGCCACCGAGUACGUCCACGCCCUGCAGGCCAACGAGCACCAGCUCCUGCUGGAAAAGGAGAAACUGCAGGCCAGGCAGCAGCAGUUGCUAAAGAAGAUCGAACAUGCUCGGACUUGCUAA